UAUAACCUAACAUUUUACAUGUGAGUAUGUGAUGUGUCUGGUCUGUCUACAUUUCCCUUUAACAACAGUGUUUUAGCAAUUAAAUACUCUUUUUAUAAUUUAAUAUGACUCGAUUUGCAAGGGCAAAAGGCUCAAAAGCAUCCAAUGAACGAGUUCCAGAAGAAGCUACACCCUGGAACCAAAUGAAACAGCAAUUAUUAGAUAAAGAUAAGGAAAUUUCUGAAAAGAAAAACAGGCAAAAGGCUGUUGAUCAGCGCAAUGCAAAUUACAGAGCCUUUUUAGAACAAAAGGAAGAGGAGGAAAGUAAACAUGAAGAGUGGGCAGAAUUUCCAGGCGAAACCCCAUCAACAUUUGCUAGAAGGAAGAAAAACUCAUUUUCAAAUACUGAUGAUUUGGUAAUUCAAAACGUGGAUCAAAGUCAAUCUAGUAAAAAGAAAAAAAAUAAAUCAGUCUCUGAGCAGGAUGAUACAUCAUUUGAUGAAAAUACCAAUAUGGAUGAUGAGUUAUCAGAUAAUGAUGAAACAUUUGUAGCUUUGAAAGAAAAACUUGAUAAGAUAUUAAGUGAGCCAAAAACAAAAGUUAGUAAUUCUCAAGAGAAUGAAGAUAGUGAUGCCCCUCCAGAUGAGCAAAGUUCCAAAGUGGAAGUUUUAACUUCUCCAGCUAAAAUAAAGAAAGGGAAAAAGAAAAAGGUUCCAAUAAAAAUAGAAAGUGUUACUCCUAAAGAUGAGAAUAUACAGAAACCGGAACAACAAUCUAAAAAACGAAAAUCUGAUGACGAAAAUACAAAAUUUAAGAAAAAGCUUAAAACUCAAGGUGAAAUCAAAAGUGAAGAUAACGUAAACAAAUCAAAUCAUCAAGGUGAAAACAAAAGUAAACAUACUGUAAACAAAAAGGGAAAGAAAGAUCAGUCUAAAAAACAGAAAGGUGAUAAUCAACCUAAGAAGAUUAUUAAGGAAAAUUUCACUGAACUAGAUUUAAAAAAGAUUGAAAAGAAAAAACAAAGAAGAAUUAAACAAGUAGAAAAGAAAAAGAGAAUAAAAGCUGAAUUACAAAAGCAAAAAGAAGAAGAAGAGAAAUUAAAGGUAGAAAAUGGCGAAGUAUCAGGGAAAUUAGAAAUUUCCAAGGAAAAAAAUAUAGAGAACAAAAAUAAUAAAUUUAAUUCACCUGAGAAACAAAAAGAUUUUAAAAAGUUUGAGAAACCUAAUCAAUUCAAUAAAAAAUUUGAUAAAAAAUUCCCAAAAGUAAAAGAUGGCAAGGAACAUCAACGAAAGAAGCCUCUUUUGCCCACAAAAAUGUUUAUAAAUGGAAAGGAGGUUGACGUAGACUAUGUAGAUGGAUUUCCAGUCAAAAAGGAGGAUGCUGAUAGGUUAAAAAAGCUGCGAAGGGAAAUGAUAAGUAAGGGACUACCAAGAAGUGAAAUUGACAUAGCUUUGAAACUAGAGAGGAGAAGAGCUGAAAAGGCGUUUGCUCGAGAAAAGAAAAAGGUAUGCUUUAACUGUCGAAAAUCUGGUCACAAUUUAUCAGAAUGUCCAGAAUUGAAUAAAGAUCAAGUUGCAACAUCUGCAUCUGGAAUAUGCUUCAAAUGUGGCUCAACAGAACAUACGCACUUUGAAUGCAAAGUUGUAAGGGGGCAAGAUUUUAGGUAUGCCCAAUGUUUUAUAUGCAAUGAACAAGGACAUAUAUCUAGGCAAUGUCCUGAUAACGCUAGAGGACUGUAUCCUAAAGGAGGAUCAUGUAAAGUAUGUGGAGAUGUUACGCAUCUUAAGAAAGAUUGUCCCAAAUACCAAGCUCAACAGGAACACUUGCAGAAUAAUAUAAAUAUUGAAACUAUUGGUAGUAGCAAUCCAGAUUGUCUCGAUAAUGAGGGCAGUCAUAAUAAAUUUAGUUUAGGUAAUAAACGACCUAAUAAGGUUAUUAAGUUUUAAAUGUUUUAAAUAAAAUAAAUAUGUUGACGGAAAAAAA